AUGGGAUCUGUAUCAAAAGACAAGACGCCCAUCAACGUCGCCAUCAUUGGCGGCGGUAUCGGCGGCCUGGCGCUGUCCAUAGGGUUGCAGCAAUACAGCCACAUCAAUGUGCGCAUCUUUGAAGCCGCGCCGCGAUUCUUUGAGCUUGGAGGUAAGCCCAACAACCCAAAAGAUCCUGCCCACCAAAACAACCCCGCCAUUGACCUUGACCCCCCAGCCGGCGUCCUCUUCGGCGCCAACGCCAUCCGGGCCAUGUCCCUCAUCCACCCGGCCAUCGGCGAGGCCUACGCCCGCAUCUCCACCACCGCCGGCUGGCCGUCCAAGGAGAGCACCUACUUCGACUUCAUCCUCGGCCAGGACCUCGACGGGCAGCCGGCCGGCACGCCCGUCGCCUCGCCGCCGCUCAGCGCCGCCGAGCGGCACAGCGCCGCCCACCGCGCGCGCCUGAUUGACGAGCUGGCGCGGCUCGUGCCCGAGGCGAGCGCCGAGUUUAGCAAGCGUCUGGUCGGCCUCGCGCGGGACGAGGCGCCGGGUGCGCGCACGCGCAUGGCGUUUGCUGAUGGCGUCACGUACGAGGCCGACGCCGUCAUUGGCUGCGACGGCCUGCGCUCCGUGUGCAGGGACUUUGUCCUCGGCGGCGACGAUCCGCUCGCGCGGCCCGUGUUCACCGGCAAGUACGCGUACAGGGGCCUCGUCCCGAUGCACAAGGCUGUCGCGGCGAUUGGGCCCGAAAAGGCGCGCAACAGGUACGUGUUUCUGGGUAGCGGGGGCCAUGUGCUCGUCUUUCCGGUUGCGGGCGGCGCAGUCAUGAAUGUCGUCGCCGUUGGGACGGCAAAGGAUGGCACGUGGCAGGGCAGCUGGAUCAAGCCGAUGAAGAGGGAGGACAUUGAAGCGGACUUUAAAGACUUUGGGGAGGACUGCCAGAAGAUCCUUUCGCUCAUGGAAAACACCUCCCACUGGGGUAUAUAUGACCUCUCGCCUGACAUUCCCACCUUUACGUCGGCGCCGCUGCGUCUGCUUCUCCUCGGCGACAGCGCCCACGCGUGCGCGCCGCACCUGGGCGCCGGCGCCGGGCAGGCUCUCGAGGACGCACACGUUCUGUCCCACCUCCUCGGUGCCUGCCGGUCUGCUGAUGACGUGCUGGCCGCCUUUGCGGCGUACGAGUCGGUGCGGCGCCCGCGGACGCGCUUCGUCCAGUGUCACAGCCGCCGCCAGGGCGAGCUGCUGGACCUGCACGCGGACGGCGUGGGCGAGGACCUGCACGCUCUCCGGGCCGUGCUCUCCGGGCCGAUCCGGGAGAUUUGGAACUGCGACUUGGAGGCCGAGCUGGCCAAGGCGCAGGCAAAGAUGGCCGAGCUGCUCGCCGAGGGGGGCGAGGCUGAAAGAUCGUGA